GAAGUGAUCUCCGAAUCGAAUCAAUCUUAAUCCGUGGAGGCUUUUAAUAGUAGUGCUUGGACCGCUCUUGGCCCUCAAUGUAACCAACUAUAACGCUACCAGACCGUGGGCAACCAGGAAGCAAGGAAGGGCGAAAGGGUUGUUGCGGCCUGCCAAAAAAGCCCACAGAAGGCACCAGCAACAACGAAUAUGAUGGACGAAGACAAGAAUUCACAAGCAAGGGAAUGCUCUGCUGAUGAUCUAAUGGCAGAUGAAGAAACAGCUCCUGGAUUUUGGUACUGUGGUUCUCUUCCUGGCUUCGGUGAUUUUCUUGAUCAAGAGGAACCAACUCAUGGCUUGACUAUUGCUGCACCUGCCACACUAACUUUCUUUGGCAAAGAGAAAGCAAGAAGCCCUUCAAGUUCAACAUUUGAUGUUGAUUGUGACGAGGUUGAAUCAUCCCCUCGCGGGAGCAAACUCAAUGGAUCUGCCACAGGAAAUGGUCAUGAACCAAUGAGGCUGCCAGAAACCCAACAAACUGUUGCUGAACCAGACGAAGUGACACCCGGUGCAUACUCGAUUGAACGUGGAACUUUGAUCAGGACAGCAGAGGAAGCAAAUGCAAAUAGCCUGGAAGGUUUUGAUUGGGGGGACAACCAUGACCAACAAAGGAUUCAUGCCUCGGGACAAAAUGUUCUGGCAGUUGCCAAUUCUGUUGAGGAAGUGGACCCCGGCACUCUUCCUCAGGCCAGACCAUCAAUAGAAAGCUAUACCACAGGAAGACAAAAGGACACUGCUUUGGUUGCACUAUGCAUAUGUUUUGGGCUUGCAUUCAUAGGAGGGAUUGUGCUGUUGAUUGUAUUCCUUGAACAAAGCACAAAUCAAUCCAAGCCAACCAACAACCCAACGGCAGUUCCAUCAAUGGCCCCAACGUCACUGGAUUCUUUCAUUCUAUCCUUGCUACCAGAUCAUACUGUCAAGGCAGUGGAAGACAAAGAUUCUCCACAAUAUGAGGCAUUUGAAUGGCUGCUUGAUGAUCCGCGUGUCUAUGACUAUCCAGACCGGCGGAUUAUCCAGAGGCAUGCCCUAAUGACCCUGUUUUAUGCCACUGCUGGUCCAACUAAAUGGACCAACAACACAGGAUGGGGAAGCUACAGUCUACAUGAAUGUCAAUGGUAUCAAAACCAAGAGUUUGCUCUCAAAACACUUCUUCAACCAUUAUACCCUGGUUUUCUCUCAGGUUUUUUGGUGCCUCCACCUGUCAGUCAUUGCGAUGACCAGGGCUUCUAUCAGCAUCUGUGGUUGGACCAAAACAAUCUUGUGGGUCCUCUGGUUGAGGAACUUUAUGGUUUGACCUCCAUCCAAACACUAUCAGCUGGGUUUAACCAACUACAUGGGACAAUUUCCAGCCGCAUUGGUCAGCUCAGCGACCUGCAGGGACUUGCCAUUUUCUCCACAGGGCUAUCAGGAUCAGUACCAAGGGAAGUGGGCAAUUUGUCCUCCCUGCAGAUCAUUGUAUUUUAUGACAACCAGCUGGAAGGGUCCAUCCCAAAUGGAAUCUGGCAACUUACCAAUCUGGACACUCUUAUGCUUGGACGAAACGCCAAACUACAAGGAACUAUUCCUUCAAUUGUGGGGACUCUCCGGAAGUUAAGACACUUAGUGGUGGAUGGAGUGGAUUUUUCUGGAACCCUUCCAACAGAGCUAGGUCAAGCUACAUCCUUAGAAUGGUUGGUCUCAGUUGAAAGUAGAAUCACCGGCACAGUAGCAAGUGAGCUUGGUGCUCUCUCAAGACUUUGGAUGCUUUCGGCUUAUGGUCUACAAGGGGCUGUUCCCACAGAGCUUGGCCUUCUUUCUUCACUCUACAUUUUGGAUCUCAGGUGGGGUUCAAUUACGGGCACUGUUCCAACUGAACUCGGCCUGCUUAUGUCUCUACAAACUAUGGUUCUUGACUCGAACCAGCUAUUUGGUACCAUUCCGAGUGACCUCUCCAACAUUUCCAACUUAGCCAUACUCGACCUGGGUGAAAACCAAUUUACAGGUGGGAUCCCUUCUGAACUUGGUCUCAUGACAUCCCUUGGCAGGCUUGAUCUGCAAAACAAUUUUCUCAGUGGAACUAUACCAGAGGAGCUGGUUUCUCUUCAGUCACUGCUCUACAGCUUCCGUGUUGAGGGAAUUCCUCUGCUUUCUGGAGCAAUUCCAGAGCCACUUUGCACCAUCAAUGGCACCUGUACCUUUGAUUUGUUGGGUCAUUGUGAGGGGCUUCAUGGGCUAAGUUUUGACUGCACAGAGUUGCUUUGUGGUUGUGACUGUCCUUGCUGAGUGAAAUGGAGAGGCACGCUCUGAUUUGCUUUUGAGGUUGCAAGAACCGGUGCUUGAUAGAUCUGUCGCACCUAUAGCCAUAGGAGGCUUGGCUUCA